GCUCCUCCCGGGCUCCGGCGCGCGGCGCGGGGCCAAACUGGGCCGAGGAGGCAGCUCCGGACAUGUCGGACCCCCGCGCCGGCUUCUACCGGCAGGAGCUGAACAAGACGGUGUGGGAGGUGCCGCAGCGGCUGCAGGGGCUACGCCCGGUGGGCUCCGGCGCCUACGGCUCGGUCUGCUCGGCCUACGACGCGCGGCUGCGCCAGAAGGUGGCGGUGAAGAAGCUGUCACGCCCCUUCCAGUCGCUGAUCCACGCGCGGAGGACGUACCGCGAGCUGCGGCUGCUCAAGCACCUGAAGCACGAGAAUGUAAUCGGGCUUCUGGACGUCUUCACUCCGGCCACGUCCAUUGACGACUUCAGCGAAGUGUACCUGGUGACCACCCUGAUGGGCGCAGACCUGAACAACAUCGUCAAAUGCCAGGCGCUGAGCGACGAGCACGUCCAGUUCCUGGUUUACCAGCUGCUGCGCGGGCUGAAGUACAUCCACUCGGCCGGCAUCAUCCACCGGGACCUGAAGCCCAGUAAUGUGGCAGUGAAUGAGGACUGUGAACUCAGGAUCCUGGACUUUGGGCUGGCACGCCAGGCCGAUGAGGAGAUGACCGGCUAUGUGGCCACGCGCUGGUACCGGGCACCUGAGAUCAUGCUCAACUGGAUGCACUAUAACCAGACAGUGGACAUCUGGUCUGUGGGAUGCAUCAUGGCAGAGCUGCUCCAGGGAAAGGCCCUCUUUCCAGGGAAUGAUUACAUUGACCAGCUGAAGCGAAUCAUGGAGGUGGUGGGCACGCCCAGCCCUGAGGUUCUGGCAAAGAUAUCCUCUGAGCACGCCCGGACAUACAUCCAGUCCCUGCCCCCCAUGCCCCAGAAGGAUCUCCGGAGCAUCUUCCAAGGAGCCAACCCUCUGGCUGUGGAUCUCCUGGGAAGAAUGCUGGUCCUGGAUAGCGACCAGCGGGUCAGUGCAGCCGAAGCCCUGGCCCAUGCCUACUUCAGCCAGUACCAUGACCCUGAUGACGAGCCUGAAGCCGAGCCCUACGACGAAAGUGUGGAGGCAAAGGAACGCACGGUGGAGGAGUGGAAGGAGCUCACCUACCAAGAAGUCCUCAGCUUCCAGCCCCCAGAGCCAGUACAGCCGCCUGACAGCCUGGAAAUUGAGCAGUGAGCUGCUGCUGGCCACGCUCAAGCUCAUGGAAGGGGCUUGAGCCUGCCCCUCCUCAGAACACUGGCUUCCUGUGAGGGGUGCCUCCCAACACCCCUAGGGCCCGGCAACCCUGACUCCUAGCCUGGGACUCCUCAGCCUGCACGCUGUACCUAGAGGGAGGCUGUACACAUAUGUGGGAACAUAGGAAAAUGUGUGCACACAUGCGUGCCAUGUCCCUGGGCCUAUGGUGGUGACCUCCUUCCGGCCAUCUGGGGGCUUCACAGUGGGGGACUUGAAUGCCCAAGAGGCUGCCUGGGGAGUGUGCCUGUCUCUUCCUCUCCUCUGUGUCCCAGAGAGCUGUACCUGGGGAUGGGGUUGGGGCAGGGGCCCCUGACACUUAAAGGGACGGGUCUCAUUGGUCAGAGCUGCUCAGCCAGGAAGUAGAGGCCAAGAGCUGGGGUAUGGCCAGUGCCCCACCAGGCUCGAAGUGUCCUCCCUGGGGGGCAGAAGAGCUGCCUCGUGCCUGCAUGAGGGCCUGUGCAGUGUGGGCACACGUGCGUGAAUGUGUUCCUUGUGAGGGAGCAUGUGCAGGCCUGUGCAAGCAUGCACUGGCAUGUGUGAACCUGCAGGCUCCCAAGGCAUCAGCCAGGACCAGUGGGAGGCCAAAGUGAGGGUGGCUGGACUAUUGCCCACCUCUCCCCUGACAGUUCCUGAUGCCAUGAGGGGCCCCGACACCCUACUGUGCCCCAUGUAAGGGGCUCAGACAGCUGAGGGACACCCAUUGUGCUUUCCCUGCCCAAGGGCAGCUAUGGCAGGUUUCUGAGGCAAGAGAGCACAAUGCCAGCUGGGGACCAGGGGUGGGGAAGAGGCAAGUGUCCAGCCUCAAGGCCUGACACAACGGGCGGUGCACACAUGGGUGUGAACUUGGAUACAGAUGCUCUGGUCCCUGAACCUUGGCCCCAUUCUGCCCCCUCUCCUGCAUGGCCCUGCAGCCCAGGGCUGAGAUUUUGGGCUCUGGGGCCACCCCCAUCCCUUCCUCCUCCCAGCAUGGAGCUGACCCCAAGAGCCUCUGGGAAAAGGACCCUGCUUGGAGGCUGUGGAUGGUGUGAUUCCUCCCUGGUGGGGCCUCUGCAUCCAGGGGACUGGUGGUGACUUCCUACCUCACGGGCCCUGGAGAGGUCUGGAUGUGAAGUGCCUGCUCACAGGGUGCUCAAUAAAGGGGCUCCCUCUUGCUCCGCUGGUGUUUGAGGCUCUAG